CGCUUUCAUCAACGUGUGCGUUUAUACUCCCAUCGGCGGAUUGAGCUCUUGGUCGCAUACGAAAGCUGCUGCACUGGUACGACAUCAACAAUUCCCACUUGCAGACUUUCUUAUCAGCUGUACUUCACUGUCGGUACAGUGCUGACUAAUUAGCAACCUUUUAAGCACCCCGAAAGAACGGCAUCCACACGACCGAAAUGCAUACUGUAAUGACCCGCGGUAACGCGAUUCUAGCGUACUCGCUGAGCGUUCUUUCCGUGCUUACCUUCUGCUGCUUUGCUUCCACCUUCUUUUACGAUUAUCGUACGGACGCCCGAAUCAACACGGUGAAGGUGCUGGUCAAAAAUGUGCCGGAUUUCAGUGCUUCCCGGGAAAAGAAUGAUCUUGGCUUCAUCACAUUCGAUCUCGCAACCGAUCUGAACCCGCUGUUCAACUGGAACGUGAAGCAGCUGUUCCUGUACCUGACCGCGGAAUAUACCACCGAACAGAACGCGCUGAACCAGGUGGUGCUGUGGGAUAAGAUUAUACUGCGCGGUGAGAACGCGAACCUGGACUUCAAGAACAUGAACACGAAGUAUUAUUUCUGGGACGAUGGAAACGGUUUGAAGGGACACCGGAAUGUGACGCUAACGCUAUCGUGGAACAUAAUCCCGAAUGCUGGGCUAUUGCCGAGUGUGUUCUCCCACGGACAGCAUUCCUUCAAAUUCCCGGAAGCCUACAUUGAGUCUCCGGUCUAGUCGUUAAGCCGAAAUGAGCAUGCUGGUGGCAGUUUGUUCGCGUCCUAUUCGUUUCCAUCGAGAGUGUUUCGUUCUUUUGAAAAAAAAGUCUUAUUUCUGAAGUGAGCAAACAACAAGAAUUGAAAUAAAGUGGGCUUAAAAUAUUGUAAAAUUAAAA